AUGUUGACUGCGAACGAGUCGACGGAAGAGGGUCCGUCCAUCUAUCAUCUUGCAGCUAGCGUUAGUCGGCUGGGCAUCAUCAGCCCCGACCGUACGAGCUUCGACUCCGAGUAUGACAACGCGGCGGCUGCUAACAGCCACGGCUCCGUACGGCAGCAACGCGACAAUGACGUCAGCUCCGAGAUCAUACGCAUUGAGACGGACGCGCUGAUCAGGGCGUGGCGGGCGAAAGAGACUCCGAAGCCCGUCCGGCCGGAUUCCUUCCUGGAGAAGUUUGCGAUAGCGGCGCACAACUACGACGAUGACGACGACCACCAGGAUGCCGCCGAGGAGCAGAGCAAGUACAGCCGCAUGUUGCGCAAGUACGUCGUCGAUCCAGCGGAGAACUUCUACUACCGCUGGCUGCUGUUUGUGUCGGUGGCCGUCGCCUACAACCUGCUGUUUCUCGUCGCGCGGGCCGUGUUUACGGACCUACAGAACCGCUACCUGAAAGCGUGGCUCGUCUGCGACUACCUCAGCGACCUGCUCUACCUGGUCGACAUGCUCGUGCAGUGCCGCAAAGGUGAGAGGGGUGUUCAGCCGCGGGAGACUAACAAUCUGCCGCAUAGGGCGUACAGUCGGAGUGAGAUGUACAUAGUGAAGGCGAGGCAAGCUGGACGCGUCGUCGCGACGCCCAAGGACACGACCGUCUUCGUGCGCUCGGCGCGCCGGAAGCGUCUUCGCGAGAGUCACACGAAUCAUGCAGCGACAAAGAUGAAGCGAGACGGCUGGUGCGCGUCGACGAUGUGUCUCUUCGACGGACGACGCUACGUCGACGUCGUGCGGGUCCGCCGCCGCGAUUACCCGCUGAUCCGCGCCAACCGUCUGCUGCGCUUCGGCCGUAUCCGCGAAUGCUUCGACCGCACGGAGACGCGCACCAACUACCCGAACUUCGUUCGCAUCACCAACCUAGUGCUCUACAUCCUCGUCAUCAUCCACUGGAACGCGUGCAUCUACUACGCCUUCAGCGCCUACGUCGGCUUCGGCACCGACGAGUGGGUGUACCCGGACGCUAAGCUAGACCCGCGCUACGCGACGCUGACGCGAAAGUACAUCUUCUGCUUCUACUGGUCGACGCUGACGCUGACGACGAUCGGAGAGACGCCGCCGCCGGCCGUCGACAUUGAGUAUCUGUUUCACGUCGUCGACUUCCUCAUCGGCGUGCUAAUCUUCGCUACGAUCGUCGGCAACGUCGGCAGCAUGAUCACCAACAUGAACCAGGCGAAGUCGGAGUUCCAGAACAAGAUGGACGCCAUCAAGCAGUUCAUGGAGUUCCGGAAGGUGAGUAAGGAGUUAGAGCGACGCGUCAUCAAGUGGUUCGACUACCUCUGGUCGAACAAACAGUCACUGGACGAAGAGGGAAUACUGCGGUCGUUGCCGGAUAAACUCAAAGCUGAGAUCGCGAUACACGUGCAUCUGGACACGCUGAAGCGCGUGAGCGUGUUCCAGGACUGCGAACCCGGGCUGCUCGUCGAACUCGUAUUGAAGCUGCGUCUGCAGGUGUUCAGCCCGGGAGACUACAUCUGCCGCAAGGGCGACAUCGGCAAGGAGAUGUACAUAGUGAAGCGAGGCAAGCUGAGCGUCGUCGGCGACGACGGACACACCGUCUUCGUGACGCUCGGCGCCGGAAGCGUCUUCGGCGAGGUGAGCAUACUGAACAUCGCCGGAAACAAGACCGGAAACCGUCGCACGGCAAACGUGCGCAGCGUGGGCUACUCGGACCUCUUCUGCCUCUACAAGGACGACCUCUGGCAGGCGCUCGGCGAGUACCCGGACGCUAAAAAAGCCCUCCUCGAACGCGGCCGACAGAUUCUUAUGAAGGACGGGUUGAUCGACGAGGAGGUGGAGCAGGCGGCGCUGCGCAGGAAGGAGCAAACGGAGGCGAGGAUUGCACGCGUCGACGCCAGCAUGGACGUGCUGCAGACGAGAUUCGCGCGUCUGCUCGCAGAGUACACGAAUAUGCAGCAGAAGAUGAAGCAGAGGCUGGUGCGCGUCGAACGAGUGUGUCUCUUCGACGACGACGCUACGUCGCUGUCGUGCGGGUCGUCGGCCGCGAUGUACCGCUCUUCGUCAAUACGCAGCAUGCAGGGCGGCGACAGCGUCGACGUACACGUCGGCACCGUGUCCGACCACGAGGUGGAGCCGCCGGUGACGACGCGGACGUCGAUCGACGUGAUUCCGCCGCCGGGUGCGAAUACGUCGCUAAAGACGCCGACGACGAGCACGCGUCGGCAUCGGCUGCGACGUAAGCAUCGGACGACGACGGCCGGAAGUCAGGGCGGAAGCUUCGAGGCGAGAGUCGACGUGCUGCCGCAGCCGGUGAACAGCGACGAGUCGACGGCGAGGCUGUCGCCGUCGUCAACGUCGCCGCAGCCGCCGCUGUCGACGCCGACGACGUCGCCAUCAUCGCUGUCGCCAAAGAUGUUGCUGCCGUAG